GGCUGACCCCGCUUUGCAAUAAAACUAGAAGGCGACCCCAACAUUCCCACACUUCUGCUUUGGCACGCCAACAGAACAGUUCUCUCUCUCUGCCUCUCGUAUCUUGUGUAUCAGCCCUCGCGCUGUGUAUUGGAAUUAUACCACUUGUGGAUCGUUACUUGAUUUAACUUCAAACAUGCCUUCAGAAAAAACAGUUUCGAAAGCCAGUGAAACUCGAAGGAGUACAAAACCAAUUAUGGAAAAAAGGAGACGAGCUCGUAUAAACAACAGUUUAACGGAACUCAAAACUCUGAUGUUGGAUGCAUUAAAAAAAGAUAAUGCUCGACAUUCCAAACUUGAAAAGGCUGAUAUCCUUGAGAUGACAGUCAAGUACCUGAAAAACCUCCAACGUCAGCAGAUAACUCCUGAUCCAAAUGCCAUGUCCAAAUACAGAUCUGGAUUUGCUGAGUGCGCCAAUGAAGUCAACAGAUUUUUUUCCCGAGUGGAUUCCGGUGUUGACCAGACUGUCCGAAGCAGACUCUUGAACCACCUCGCCAACUGUCUUACUGGCAUGAACAAUCCAGCUCCACUCCCACCAGUCCAUGUCCAGGUUGGACAACCUAGUGAAACUGAUGUCAACAACAGAUUGUUCCAAGGAGUCCAGUUGGUACCCACAAGGCUGCCUAAUGGAGACAUCGCUUUGUUGUUACCUGCCAACGUAUCUGUUUACGCUCCUUCAACCGUACCAAUCAGUCCAGCCAGUUCCACAUCAUCGGUAUCAUCACCCAUGUCAAUAACAUCGUCGCCAAGUCCUGUCAAUGUUUUGGGAUCAUCUGGAAUUCUUAGUCCUGCCUCCAGUGACCGUUGCAGUCCAAGUCCAGUCAACAUGCACCAUACGUCACCAGCACCUGUCCAGCCAUCUCAUUGCCCAGUGAUUGUGCAACCUUCCAAUUACCAACAACAAAAGAUGGAAUCAAAGUCUGUUUGGAGACCUUUCUAAAUGGUUUCGACCUACCUACUUAGACUCUAGAUCCCUAGGCUAGGACUCUUAGCCUCUCCUGAACAUGUAUAAUAAUCAAGACUAAGGACUAAAAGUGAUCUCUGUGGAUCUUUGGACUAUUUCUUAAAAUUAAAAUGGACAUUAACGCACACUUGUAAGUUACCUUGUUCUGUGAAUGAGGUAAUUUGCUUCAAGAAGAGCUUGUAUUUACCAUAUUGGCAUUAUGUGCCUUGUUGACUGUGAUAUCUUUCAAAGUUGUAUGCUUGCAUACAAAAACAAAACUGUUUCAUAGAUAAUGAAACCAUACAUGAUCUAUUAAAAAGAAAUUUAUUUUUAACUUUAA